UCGAAAAAGAAGAUCGCCAGGGGCGUGCAAUGCGCCUAUAUAACGUGGAUUUUAGGUGUUCUGUGUGGAUGUUCAGUUCCGGCAGCUCAAUAGGUUCACUGCCCACGUCGUCGCAGCUUUGAGUGUUGGCUUGCUCCGCGAACAAGAUAUCGGAUCCUUCAACUGUCGAGUGAUGAAGUGUUUCAGCUGAAGACUUCUUCGCUGGCGGUGAGCCAACGGACCCACACAAAUCCAGAUCUCCAGGGCCAUGGAGUCUGGCAAGGUCAUUCCAGUACGCGUCGCAGUGCGCAGCCGGCCGCUAGUUUCCAAAGAGGUCAUUGAAGGCUGCCAAACUUGCACCAGGACACUUCCAGGCCAGCAGUGCAUUGUGCUUGGUGGCGACAAAACCUUUACGUACGACUAUGUUUUUGGGGAGCAGUCCAGCCAACUGGAGGUGUAUGAAGCCUGCAUCUCGGAGUUGCUUCCCAAAGUAUUCGAAGGCUUCAAUGUCACAAUCCUGGCGUAUGGCCAGACUGGGUCUGGGAAGACAUUCACCAUGGGCACAUGCUGCUCAUCGAACCGUGCGAACUCUGAAGAUGCAGGAAUAAUUCCGAGAGCCGUCCAAGACAUCUUCAGGCACAUAUCUACUGACAGAGACAAGGUCUUCCUCGUCAGAGCGUCCUUUCUUGAGAUCUAUAAAGAAGAUGUAUUUGACCUGUUUUCCAAAAACCCAGACAGAGAGUCUCUGAACAUUCGAGAAGACCAGACAGGAAAUAUAAAGAUCGCGAAUUUGACGGAAUUGAGCGUGACCACUCCCGAAGAGACGAUCCGUCUACUGGAGGUAGGCUCUGCAUCUCGGAGCACCGCCUCAACCAACAUGAACAUGCGCUCUUCGCGGUCGCAUGCCAUCUUCACGCUCAUCGUCGAGCAGCAAGACAAAUCCAGCAACGGUGCCGUAACUGUGGCGAAAUUUCAUCUCGUCGAUCUUGCUGGCUCCGAGAGAGCUGGAAAGACCAAAGCUGUCGGGGAAAGGUUCAAGGAAGGCAUCACCAUAAACCAAGGCCUUCUGUCACUUGGAAAUGUCAUCAGUGCCCUCUGCGAUGGCAAUUCCCAUGUGCCCUACAGGAAUUCAAAGCUUACCCGUUUACUGCAAGAUUCGCUGGGCGGCAACAGCCACACAGUAAUGAUUGCCUGUGUCAGCCCGGCAGACAGCAACUUGGACGAAACCUUGAACACCCUGAGGUAUGCAGACCGGGCGAGGAAAAUUAAGAACAAGCCCAUUGUAAACAUUGACCCCCAGCAAGCAGAAAUUGUCCGGCUUCGCCAGCAGCUCCAGGAUGCUACUAUUGAGCUCAUGAAGUGCCGUACUCUGGGCGGAGGGGGGUGCCCACCUGGAGAGAGCGAUAAAUCUGAGGAGGAGUUGGCACAGUUGCUGUCGCAGAACACAGAACUGAAAAAGGAGAAUGAGCGCCUGACCACGGAGCUUCACAACACUUUUGAUCAACUUGCCGAGAGCUCGGAACGUAUGAUCAUCACCGAGCUUGAGGUCCAGAAGCUGAAAGAACUAGUGGUUCAGCUGUCCGAAAAGAUCGAGAACAGUCGGCUAGCUGAUGCUGAUCAGGGGACCAGUCUUCUGAAGGACCUUCAAAAUUCCAUAAUGGAGUUCACGGCUGGUGAGCAGAGCCGGCGCAAACUCAACGAGUCUCUCUUCAAGGUGGACAAGUCCGCCGCAGCCGACAACAAAGAUAUGACCACCAUCGAGGAAGAAGGCUCGGACACAUCUCUCGGCGAUGGCACUGUGAAUGAUGCUGCGGAACAGACUCCAAAGACGCUGCUCAACCAGUCUAGUCUGGAGGUGACCAUGCGACGUGCUGCACUGAGCAAAGAGCUCGAAAAUUUGAACAGAGUGUUGCAAGCCAAGGAGGAGCUUGCCAGCAAGAUAUCCAUGAAUGACCAGCACCUUGAGGUCAUGAAGGCGCAGUUCGAGGCAACCAAUCGUGAUCUCGAGCGUGAGAUAGCUGCUCUCAAGAAGGAACGUGAUGAGCUCUCUACCAUGGUGGCAAGUCAGCAGAAGUCUGCUAAAAGCCCGGCAGCAAACAGUGUGGCAGAGCAGCGGCGCAAGCGCAUUCAAGAGCUGGAAGAUCGUGUUAGCCAGCUGCGCAAGAAGGUCGACGAGCAGACCCGUGUGAUCAGACUCAAGGAGGAUGCGGAGCGCAGUGCCAAGAAGCUCCAGCAGGAAAUCUCUAACAUGAAGCAGGCCAGAGUGCAGCUCAUGAAGCGAAUGAAGGAAGAGUCCGAACGCCACAGGCGCCAGCAGACGGAGUGCAAUCGCGAGGUCCGGGCCUUGCGGAUGCGCCAGCAGCAGCAGUCGGCACAGAUGGCUCGCAUGGAGCGUCAAAAUGCCAUGCGCAUCAACGUGCUGCAGCGACGUAUGGAGGAGGCCCUGGCGGCGAAAAACAGACUCGAGGCUGCUCAGCGUCGCCGCCUGGAGAACCGUGCCAACGCCAGCGGGUUCGACAGCAUGGCGUUGCGCGUCAAGAACUGGCUGCAAAGUGAACUUCUUGUCGUGACCGAGAGCAAGAAGCUGGAGCACCACCUGGCUUCGCUUAUUGAGGAGCGCAAGGCCAUCGCCAUGGAAAUUCACAUAGUUGAGAAGCAGCUGAAGGACCCCGACAUGGCGCAAGCAGAUCGGGUCGAGCAUGAUGCACGUCUCCACGAGUUAAAGAGCGCCCUGAAAGAACACAAUGACGAUAUUGCCAAGCUCCAACAGAAGAUUCUGGAUGUAGAUCCUGAGCGACACCUCAAGAACGUCGCCUCAAAUGUGACGGACAUCAUUGAGAGCCGGGCCAUCAUAACAAAUCUCUUCGAGAUGCUUGUGACAGAGAACAUGACCACCUACACCACUGCUGCCAAGCUGAGGGAACAGGAACGAGCAACAGCAGAGGGCCAGAAGGAGAUACGGCAACUACAGGCAGAGUUUCAGCAGGCUCGGGAGGACUAUGACAUGAAGCUGACCAACCUGCUCAAAGAGCACCAAGAAGAGAAACUCGUCUUUCUUAAGCACAGCGCCAACGCAACGCUUCAGUCGAACCCAGACCUGGAUACUUCCAUCGUCGAGAAACUGGAAAGCCAGGUCCAGGAACUAUCCCGGCUGCAGUAUGUCCACGAUGAGCUCAAGAAAAAGUCUGAGGAAGUGGAAGCUUUGGAAAGGGUGGGCCCGGCAGCAAACAGUGUGGCAGAGCAGCGGCGCAAGCGCAUUCAAGAGCUGGAAGAUCGUGUUAGCCAGCUGCGCAAGAAGGUCGACGAGCAGACCCGUGUGAUCAGACUCAAGGAGGAUGCGGAGCGCAGUGCCAAGAAGCUCCAGCAGGAAAUCUCUAACAUGAAGCAGGCCAGAGUGCAGCUCAUGAAGCGAAUGAAGGAAGAGUCCGAACGCCACAGGCGCCAGCAGACGGAGUGCAAUCGCGAGGUCCGGGCCUUGCGGAUGCGCCAGCAGCAGCAGUCGGCACAGAUGGCUCGCAUGGAGCGUCAAAAUGCCAUGCGCAUCAACGUGCUGCAGCGACGUAUGGAGGAGGCCCUGGCGGCGAAAAACAGACUCGAGGCUGCUCAGCGUCGCCGCCUGGAGAACCGUGCCAACGCCAGCGGGUUCGACAGCAUGGCGUUGCGCGUCAAGAACUGGCUGCAAAGUGAACUUCUUGUCGUGACCGAGAGCAAGAAGCUGGAGCACCACCUGGCUUCGCUUAUUGAGGAGCGCAAGGCCAUCGCCAUGGAAAUUCACAUAGUUGAGAAGCAGCUGAAGGACCCCGACAUGGCGCAAGCAGAUCGGGUCGAGCAUGAUGCACGUCUCCACGAGUUAAAGAGCGCCCUGAAAGAACACAAUGACGAUAUUGCCAAGCUCCAACAGAAGAUUCUGGAUGUAGAUCCUGAGCGACACCUCAAGAACGUCGCCUCAAAUGUGACGGACAUCAUUGAGAGCCGGGCCAUCAUAACAAAUCUCUUCGAGAUGCUUGUGACAGAGAACAUGACCACCUACACCACUGCUGCCAAGCUGAGGGAACAGGAACGAGCAACAGCAGAGGGCCAGAAGGAGAUACGGCAACUACAGGCAGAGUUUCAGCAGGCUCGGGAGGACUAUGACAUGAAGCUGACCAACCUGCUCAAAGAGCACCAAGAAGAGAAACUCGUCUUUCUUAAGCACAGCGCCAACGCAACGCUUCAGUCGAACCCAGACCUGGAUACUUCCAUCGUCGAGAAACUGGAAAGCCAGGUCCAGGAACUAUCCCGGCUGCAGUAUGUCCACGAUGAGCUCAAGAAAAAGUCUGAGGAAGUGGAAGCUUUGGAAAGGGAGCUUGCGAGCGUCAAAGGAGGUCGUGUGGCGUUCUUUGAAGAAGUUUCUUCUGUUAAAAAGCCUAAGAAGAAGCCAGAGACGUCAAAAACUGGAAACAAGAUGAGCUCUUUCACUUUCGCCGACUUGGACACAACCAUCGACUUUGACAGCGACGGAGAAAAUGACCAAGAAAAUGACCCCGACUGGGUUCUCGGCAGUGAACGACGCCAGCCCAACCGCAAGCGGAAGUCCAACGAAGAUGACAAGCCCAAAAAUAUUAAGCGUUCCACAUCAGCGGCUGCCUGCAAGUGCCGGGGAACAUGCCGCCAGGGGCGCUGCGGGUGCUCAAGAAAGCAGAGGAGCUGCUCCUCCCUCUGCCAGUGCAAGGGGGAGUGUUCUGUUCUACAACACUCGGAGUCCGAUUUGAGUGCGAAAGAAGACACGCUGGCAGAAAGCAUGCCAAAGACGCAGCUUUCUCUUCGAAACAAGAACUGAUGCCAGCCAUUAUAUGUACAUAAGCUUUUAACCUUGCUUGCAAAUAUUUUACUCAGAACUUAGUUAAGAUGAUCACAAUGAACAUUAUUUUUAUUUUACCAUUUUAUUGCCUUCAUUGUUUUUACUUUUGUCUGCGCGUUCAUCAAGCCUUUUUAUCUCUCACAUUUUAUCUCUGACCUUUGAGAGUCAUCAAGACUUUCGUCAACUUUGUUCUAUAUAGAUUACUAUAUUUAAAUGUUUAGGGAAUUAAGGUGACAUUGGCAGUAGUCUGCACAGUAGAAAGGGUAGUGCCAUACAAUUUUGAGGCUUUAUUAAGCCUGUUGUGUAUGUCGCCUGUAUGCAAGGGAACUCUACACAAAGGGUCGGACACAGCAAAUAUUUAGGUGAAUUUUAAUUAAAAUAUAUUUCAAGUGCUC